CUUCCUAACUGAAGCAGAAGUUGUCCUAAAUCAUUACAGUUAACACUGUAUCUAACCGUGUGAGGUGUUACCAUGUUGGUCUCUUCUACUAUAUUAUUAGUUACAAUUGCUUGCAUCAUUGUACAUUUUCUACAAUGGUAUUUGAAAAAGCUAAAACUCUACGGGAACGUACCAUGUAUGAAGAGUUGGCAUCUAAUCGGCGAUGUACCACGACUCCGAGGAAAUAAUAUGGUGGUUUAUAAAAAUCUGAUGCGAUACGUAGAUGAAUACCGGGAAAAGGGUAUACUGUGCUUGUGGUUCGGUCCCAACCCAAACUUGCUGAUCUUUAAAGAUGAUUAUGUUCAGGAUGCAAUGGGGAAUAUGCAAAACCUGGAUAAACAUUCGUUGUAUAAAUUUUUACGCCCCUGGUUAGGAUGUGGUAUAAUGACUAGUCCAAAAGAAAGAUGGGUUCACUCGUCAAAGAUACUGAAGCCAUCAUUCAAUUACAACAUCUUAAACUGUUUCGUAAAUCGAAUUGAAAAUCAAACGAAUAAAGUACUUAACGAAAUGGAUAAAUUGGUCGGUGAAAGAGAAAUCAACAUUUCCACUUACAUGAAGAAAUUUUUACAUUCUACUAUAACAGAAGUUGCCGUUGGUCUCACAGAAGGAGGUGAACUAAUAGAAUACACAAAUAGUACUCGCACGAUAACCCAAAUAUUCUCUCGCCGAUUAAUAUCUCCGUGGUUAUGGACAGACUUCAUUUUCAACAAAACUCCUGCCGCAAAAAUAUUUAGAAAAUGUAUAAGCCAAAGUCACAGCAUUAUUAACAAGAUAAUCGAUGACCGCAGUGUAAUAUAUAAAGAAAACAUGAAUAAGAGUGAAGAGGAACGGGCUCAAGGAAAGGAGAAAGUUACCUUACUGGAUACUCUUUUUAAAGUAUACUACAAUGGGAAAGUAGACAAAACGUUCAUGAGAGAAGAGAUGGAGAACAUUGUGUUCGGGGGUACGGAUACAGUAAUUACAUCAUUACAGUGGACAAUACUUUUAGUAGCUUCGCAUCCAGAGGUGCAAAAGAAGUUACAUGAUGAAAUUGACGUUUUUUAUCGGGAAACUGAAGAAAUCAAUGCAGCAAGUCUCAAGAAACUGCUCUAUUUGGAAUGUAUUAUCAAGGAAAGUUUACGUCUUUAUUCGCCAGUACCAGUUGUUGGACGUGUUGCUGGUGAGGAUUUCAAAAUUGGUAAUUACAACGUGAAGAAAGGGGCGGAUAUAUCGAUAUUCCUUUCGGGCUUACAUAGAGAUCCGAAACACUUUACUGAUCCGAGCACCUUUAAUCCUGAUCGAUUUCUUACAGAAAAUGUCAAGCACGCGUUUGCUUUUAUACCAUUCGCAGCAGGACCGCGAGUCUGCAUAGGAGUAAGAUUAGCUUAUAUGGAACUGAAAAUCGUACUAUCACGAUUCUUCCAAAGAUUCCAUGUCGAAGCAACACAAAAGAUAGAAGAUAUUCCACCAUCUAUGGAAAUGGUACUCAGACCUACUAAGGACAUUUAUGCCAUACUUACCCAUCGACAGUCGGUGUAAUACUAAGCAUGCCUUGAUGUAUUAUUUUGAAGAAAUAUUAUCACUUUUUAAAUAUUUCUUAGAAAUUAUCAUAAAUUCAAUAAUCAAAAUAGAAAAUAUUUCUUUUUGCUGAAGUGGAAAUACAUACUUGCUAGUAUGACAUAUUUGUGUAACUUUCAAUAUUCAAUAAACUAUUCAAUAAAAUAUCUAUUUUCUCAUUUGGGAUAAUGUUGACUAACCGAAAUGUUUUAUUCUUUCAUUACUCACUUUUAAUAAACUUACUGAAUUCUA